AUGGAGGCAUUUGAUUUUUCAAAGAGCAAUGAUUUUAUUGAGUAUGCCAACGACUUGGAGGAUGACUGUGAGCCUUGGGCCAAAACCUCUGUGUUCGAUCAGGAUGAAAAAAAGGAGACGGAAGAGUUUAACAAAUCGGAGGCGAUACACAUUCAAAGUAGCGGAUUUCCCAAGUCUGAACUAACCGAAGAAUUCGAUGAAUCGGAACUCUCCGAGGAGUUGCCUUCACCCAAUGAAAAUGGUGGAGUGGAUGAGAACAAGGGUGAGGUCCGCAAUAUUCCGCUGAGUAACGCCAGCGAAUCCCAAAGCACAACACCACUGCCAUCCUUGGCGACAUCGGCCUUCUCCGCGUUUCUCCCUUGGACCCCUGCCCCGGGGUCCCACAACAUGGCCUCUGUCCCGAUCUCAGCUGCCUCAAGCCCAUCCCUCAGAGGGCUGAAAGGGGUCGCCAGGGGGGAAGGGGGCCCUUUUCAGCCCUCUGAGGGCACCCAACUGCCGUCCGGGGGACCGCCCGUGCGGAUAAACUUUGCCGCAUCGCGGCAGGAAUCCCCCCCGAGCUCACGGGAGCGGGAGAGUAUGGAGCGCGAGAAGAUUCUUCGGCGCUUUGAACUGGUGGUUCCAGUGAAACGCUUGCAUCGUUAA